AUGCCGUCCACCAAGAAAAAAAAGGGGACAAGCUCAAAAGUCCUUCAUGACAUACCUACUUAAGACACACGAGAUUUGCAGCAUGUCUCCAGAUAAUACAGAACGAGCAUCCCUGUCCGAUCUCACGCAGGAUAUCACAGCUCCUUCAUUAGCUCUGGUCAGUGAAUAUACACAGCAACUCACAAAGGAGUACCUGGUAUCUUGCCUGGAAACUAUGUACACCAAGCUGGCCGCUAAGUUCCAAUCAGAACUGCAUAAAAGCACUAAUGUUCUCUCUCAGGAAAUAGCCACAUUGGGCUCCAGGACCGACCGCUUAGAAACCGAACAUGAUGAACUUAGCCUGGCCUAUGGUGAACUUUCCAGAGAACACGAUCAUCUACAAACGGCCUUUUCACAAUUGCAGGCGCAGGUUGAGGACCUUGAUAAUCGCAAUCGCAGGAAUAAUCUGCGAGUCAGGGGAAUUCCGGAGUCUGUGUUUGAUCUUUCACAAACCAUAACCAAGUUAUUCAAGUCACUCCUUCCGGAUCGCGACCCUGGAUCCUUUGCUUGUGAUCGCAUCCAUAGAACCCUGCGCCCUAAACCUCCUAAUGAUAAACCGCCCAGGGAUAUUGUCCUGUGUAUGAAGGAUUUCCUGACCAAAGAAGAUAUACAGUCAGAGCUGCUCGCAAAACCCCAACGAUCUCCUUCGAAGGCUCGGUUUUACAAAUCUUUCCAGAUGUUUCUCCGGCCACGUUGGAGAAACAUAGAAAAAUGAAAGAAGUUACAACUGCCCUUUUCUCAGCUCAUAUCCGCUAUAAAUGGGGCUUUCCUUUUAAGCUGAAAGUUCCACAUAAUGGGAGCACAUUUAUAGCCACAUCCCUUCCCGAAGGUAGAGAAAUCUUGGCCAAAUUGGGCCUGGCGGACGCCCCAUCACCUCAACGUCCACCCUCCACCCCUCGUGUCUCUCCCAUUUGGCAUAAUCCAUCUCCACGGAGGGAUAGAAGGAGA